AUGUGACAACUAUGGAUAGGGAUACACUGUACUGUUGGUGACAUAUAUUUAUGAUAGAUGAAAGUUUGUUUCUAUUUACAAUGGACAUGGGAAUAUUGUAAUGUUCACCACAACAGCAGGUCGAGGUAACUAAGGAGUUCAUGUCGUUGCCAUGGAACCAGACGAGGUCACUGUAGUUGUCCAUGGGGCUCGAGGUUUACAGGGGAAAAAGCCAGGGCGGUGUAAAUUCUCUGUGAUAUUUGGUGUUGGAUCCAAGAAAUAUCGUACCAGCAUUGUGAAAGACCCACCAGGAAACCCAGACUGGAAUGAGGAAUCAACAGUGAAUGUAGGUUACACUGGAGACCAUGUGUUCUUCACUGUCACCGAGAAGGAGGACAUCUUGGGCCAAGUGCUCGUGCCCCUGGCGGGACUGACAACAACCCAAGGUCAGGUAAAGCGUGUGUUUCUCAAGAGCCAUAAAAAAUGUCUGCAUCCCCAAGGGGAACUCAUCUACCAGUGCUACGUGUCCAAACAACGCCCAGUCUCCCAAACACCGCUCAUUAAGACCAGUACCCCUAACAGCAGUGGGGCCACGCUGACUGGGUUCGCCCGUCUGCGCCACAGCCUAGCAGCAUCUCCAAUACUACCCCCUCGAACAAAUCGGGAAAAGAGGGACAGCAAGAGUAGUAACUCCUUGUCCAACUUCAACAAAAAGCUCUCUAAGUCAAUACACGAUAUAUUCAGUUUUGGCAAGUCGUCCGAUGAUGAUGACACCAACUCCAGAAACCAGUCUAAAUUUGGCUGGAAGUUUAAGAGUAAUGCGGAACUUGAUGCUUCGAGUCAGCCGCCGGUCAUCAGCGCUAUUACUCCAAACAGUGCCCCGAUUGAAGGAGGAACCAAGCUGAGGAUUACUGGGCAGCAUCUUGGAAUUGGCAAGUCGGACUUGAUAGAACUGCAGCUAUGUGGGUGUGAUUUGCUGAACAGUGUGGAAUACGAAUCUGAGAAUGCUGUUACAUGUAUCACAAAUGCAACAACCCCUGGGAAAGGGGAUUUGUGGAUUGAGACAGUAUCAGGAGGUCAGAGUGUUCUGAAAAAUGUGUUUACGUUUGUGGAUACUUCGGUUAAGGUGGAAGAGGAUGACACAGGAGAGACGUGCCUGCCAAAUGACAGCGGGACAACAUCCCUGAGUCUCGAAGACAGCCAUGUGCCUACAGAGGCCAGUAUACCAGCUCAGCCAAAGACUAAACCACCAGCACCUCAACCCAGGAAAGAGUCUCAGUACACAUCUAACUCCCUGCCUCGCAUCAGGAGCUCGGACAACAUGGAGGGAGGACGCUUCAAGAAGAACUUCAUGAAGCAUGUACGCCGCUCCAGCGAGUCUGCCAUGUUGAGGGAUGUCCCAGAGAGGAGAAGUAUAUCGAAAGCAGAACUGAAAGAGCAAGUUGAAAAGUUACAGAAAGAAAAUCUGACUCUGAAAGAAAGCUACACAAAACUGCAGCUUGAGAACAAGGACAUGCGUGCUUACAUCGAUCGCCUUCUGACCAAAGUGCUGGUACACUGUCCCGAGGCGCUGGAGUCAGAUCCUCCCACGUUUUGAUGAUAUUGCUUCUUGCUCAGAUAAUGGUUAAUAGACAAAGAGGAAUUUGAAAAGGGUAGCUGGUCUUUUUUGCGUUGCCGAGGGCUGGUAUUAUUAUUUUGAACUCUGUUAGCCAAUAUGUGUGCAAGGACUGUAAAUGAGUCGUCUCCGUAGCAUGUAAAGAAUAUGUGGAGAAGAUGAUGAAGGAGCUAAUCUGGCUGAAGACAGAGGAGAGCCUGCUUACAGAAGUAUUUUUUUAAUCACCUGGCUUAGUCAACUGUAGUCUUCAUGUCUACUUUGGGCUCCUUGGCUUCACCACAGCACCAUGGAUUCUUUUAAUGCAGAUCAGUUAACCUGUACAUAGUUUGGGGCAUUUGACAAAAAUAACAAUUCUGUUAUUUGUUAGUUGGACAUUUUACUAAAACAUCAUCUACAGAAACAGCCUAGGAUGACUGCGAUGAAGAUGUUGACGUCACCCACAGCAACAGACUUAGGAUCUAGGUUGAUGUACCAAUAGUGGUGACUGGAAUAUAUCAGCAGGGCAUAGAAUCUGUACAUGACACGAACAUGUUGAGAUAGGAUUUAUUAUCAGUUUCCAGCCAAAAGAAGGAUUGUAUUAGGAUCAGUAGACUGACAGUACAUAACAAGACAAGAAGACGUCCCUCUCUUUCACACUUCACCUCCAGAGUACUGAAGAGGAUCCACCGGAAGAAGAGAGAAUGUAUCAGUGUAGGCUUGAGAGGUGAAUUGUAUGGGUAUGUUAAUCACUGAUUGUCUAACUAUGUGCUCAGAUUUAAAUGACAGGACAUUGUUUUAGUGAGGUCCAAACCAUUACUCAAGACAUAUCAUUGUAACUAUGAUGGCAGCAGAUUAUUUGGUUUGUGUAUCAUAUCCAGACAUCUCCUGUCCUUUGCUGUAUGUGACAGAGAUCAUGAUUACUUUCACCUUGUUGGUCAUGUGGUGUGCUGAAGUUCAUCUCAUUGGAUUUGUCUCCUCAACUCAGGGACAAGACUUUUUCUGUGGAUUUCUUCAGAUUUGUCAUGCACUGGUUUAAUUUAUUGACUCAUGUAAAUUCUCAAUAUUGAAAUUAAUAAUGAUUGAAAUCUGAUUCAACUCAAUCUUGUUGAAAAAAAUGAGUGGGGUCGUUAGUAGAUGAAGAGACGUUGUAUGUUGUCAUCAAGGUAGUAGUGUCUUCACACAGGAAGUGGAAAUGAGAGUUAUGUCCCCUCCUUGUUAACCAAUAUGGCUGAAUACUUUCUACUUGGAGUGUGCUGUUUUAGAUAAUUUUAAUGUCCACAUUUUUGACAUUAUUACACAGUUCAACCAAAUAAUAACACAAUGAAAGCACUGCCAAGCACAUGCGAGUUUCAUGAUGACCUAUGACAGGUUCAUUGGCUCUGCAUGCUGUGAGGUUACUAUGCAAAUACGUCAGUCACUAGUUAAAGUAGUGCCAUGAAUUUAUAUAAUUAUCUUCUGUCAUUGAAUGUCACAAAUGAGCAAAGCCACUUGACAUAUUGAUAAAAUUUCACAAAUAGGAUUGUGGAGGAUGUAUAUGAGACAAGAAUGAAUCUCAUUACUUUUGAAAAUACUAGUCAUAUGUUUCAGUGUAUGUUUUAAAUUAACAUUGUGAUUUGCUGGUUGGCAGAUUGGUCAAUCUCUUCAGUGUAAAUCUAUAUAUAACUGUCCCGUUAAUAUAUGUAUAUUUUCAUCCAGCAGGACAUAAUUGUAUAUUGUGAAUCAGUACCUAUCCAGUCAGCUAAUAUUUGUGAUAGAUGACCAAAUACGUGUUGUCAGAUUACAGUGAGACCUCUGUGGCAACAUGAAGACAUACAUGGUCGUUGGGUAUUCUAACAUUUUGCCUUGAUUGUGGUGAAGGAGAAUGGAUUUGAACUCUCUGAAUGGUUUUUCCAUGGUGUUAUUCAGUCCCUCACAGAGAUCUUACUGUGAAUUUCAGCAACUGUUGAUAUUAGAGGUAUGUAAUGUCUCAACUAGCCCACCAAUAUCAUUACAACUGUUAUAACUUGUACAUCAUAUUUUAGAGUUAUAUUUUAUAUCUAAAUAGCAGGUAAACAAGUUGGUCACAGAAAAAAAUGUCCUAUAUAAUUAUUUAUGCAAAUACGCCAUACCAGAUUCUUUCUAUAGACUUGUGUCAGAUCAUAUGCAUGGUAUAAGCAACAGGCAUGUAUUUGUAAUCUGUUUUGUAUUGAUCACAACUUAAUGAAUAUGUUUACUUUAUAAUACAGCUUGAGUUUCCUUUAUUCUAAUAUUUGGUCUUUUCGGGAGGAUUAUUUUCAAUUUCAAGCACUCAUAACUUACAUGAUUUAGUUAGACACCCCCGAUUUAUUAUUCUAGGGGAGGGCCUUACACGUGGAUUUUAUGGGCAGGAUUUAUUUUCAGUCACUGCUUAUACUUAAAAAAAGUGCUUUCCUGUGAAAGGAGUAGAACUGUUUGCAUUUUUCACAGCAAACUUCUUUUCAAAACUUACAGUAUGCCCAGAGAAUAAUUUACCCAGAUCUUUGUUUGGUCAAUCUAAGGAGAAAUUGUUCUGCAAAAACCCUAGCUGCCCCCCACCCCCCAUGAAUAUUAGAUAGUGGGUCCCAAUUGUGAUAGAGAGUGAUAGUUCUUUUACACAGAGCAUGUUAACAUGCUUAAUCUUUAAGCUCUCCCCAAUCUAUUAAGAGAAUUAUUUUAUAGAGUUUUGUACAUAUAUAUGUAUAUUAUUUUGUGUUUAUUACAACCAAAUACUUUCCUGUGUAGAAGCUUAUCCAUAUCAGAACACUAAUGGCUGUAUCUCCUAUUUAUUCUUGAAUGGACAUGUUUACUUGAUCAGUGUACACACAAUUUACUGGCCUGUAACACAUACAUGUAACCUGUAAUGACAGACAUUUUUCAGUCAUCUUGUUACCCUGAUUACUGAUUCUGUUGUCGUAUCCCUUUGUAAUCCAUCACUAAACUUAGUCCACAUCUAUUCUGAAUUCAUUAGAGUUUUAUGAGAUACAGUUGUUGUUAAUCCGCAUCUUAAAUGUUUCCUUAGAAUUACCUGACCACAUGGCAAGCAAGACUUGUCUCAUUAAACAUGACCACAUUUAGAUGUCUUUACUCCAGCUGAGUUCAUGACUCAUAGAUCAGGAGAUAUGGACUGUUCUAUCCAUGAGUUUAGGUUGUGAUGUCCAAAGUAUAUUUCCAGCAUUAUUUAUCGGAGUAUUUUCUUUUCUAGAGUAGAUAUUUUAUGUUUAUGUCAAUCAUCAGACACGUGUUGAUUCAUUGUUUUCUUUCGUAACUUGUUUUCAUUUUUUCCCAGACAGGAAUUUUGUCAUGUUUGGACAGAUCUGUACGAGUUGUGAUUUAGUUUUACUCUUGGUCUGGUUUAGUUUUACGUUUUUGACAUAAUAUUUAGUCAUGUAAAUGUUAAUGUAAUAACAAAUUAUUAUCUCCGAUACUUCUUUGAUUAUCAAACGUGAAUAUUUAUUAUGUAUAAGUAUCAAAUGAUUAAUGCCAAAUUUAGAAUUUACCAGAUAUUUCAGUGUUCUCAAUUGUUUUCUGAUCUCUGAACUUUUCAGUCAAGAAGCUUGGCUUGUCUGCUGUGGAGAGUGCUUCUGCAUUCAACAACAUGCAUUUUUAUCACUGUUUUCUUUGUAAACACUUGAUUAGAGAGUCUCGCAUCAUUUUUUGUAGUGAAAUAAUAGUUGAAAUGAUUUAACCAAAGAAAUAAUUUGAGUUGGAUUGUCUUUGACCAGUUGCUUGCCAUUUGUUUUGAGGUGCAGUGAUGAUGGAAUGGUAAUUGUAUUGAAGACAUAUACAUGUUUAGGGCAGUUAGGCAUGGUAAUUAAAACACUCUGUACCCUGUAACAUGAAUAACUGAGGUGUUAUUGACAUUUACUGUAGUAUUUAUGGUGCAUGGUGAUAAAGAUCUGAUUACUUUUUUCUUUAAUUUAUUGAUAGUGAUUUUAUUAUGAAGUCACUCAAUGAACCCAGUCAUUUGAAUAUUCUACGAUUUAUGUGAAACCAAGUGCUACUUUUUACUAAGACUGGAAGUUGAUACUGAGUGUUUGAAAUGGUUUACAUAGUAUGUCAGUAUUAUUUAAGGGAAAUUUACUAUUUUUGGAAUAUUGAAAUACUUUGUAUGAUAAUUAUGUUUGGUUAAGAUAGCAUAUAAUAGAGAUAGAAUAUUGAUUUAGGAACAUUUUAAUGCAGAUGAAUUAUAAAUGUAUACUGAAUUGCCAAGACAAUAUUUCUGAAGUUGGUAAAGUGCUUUGCAGUGUUUACUGUGUAUAAGGGUAUUAUCAUUGUUUUAUAGUCAUUGUUUGUAUGAACUUUAAGAUGAAGGCCAAGCUAGUUCAAAUACAUUCUUAUUUCUCAAGACCGUUUCAGAAUAGACUGAGUGGUGUAAGUGAUUGUAAGGUCUUGAGAAAGAAGAUAUUUAUUUUAACAAGACAAAUAUAAAAUCUAUUUUAAGUAUUUUCCGACACAGGUCUGUAAGAGGAGUAUAAAUGUUUAAUACAGUGCUAUGUCAUAAUUCUAACAAGUAUACAUGAUAUAUACAUAUGUGUGUAUUAAAAUAUUUCUGAAGAGUGAUCUGUGUAGGCAGUGUGAGAUGUAAGUGUAGGCAGUGUGAGAUGUAAGUGUAGGCAGUUGUCAUAUAGAGUGAGCCUACUGUAGGUUUUACGCUCAAUCUGCAUUUAGUGUCCGAAUCUCAUGUUAUAAGUUCAAAUGUCUGCACACAGCAGGAGCUUUGAGUGAGGAACGUUUAACUUAUUCCUUUGAUGUAACAUAUCAGAUGAGAUUACAAGUUGUAUGAAUGAUAUAUUUACAGUAAAAAUUGUAGUUUCUGUCAGAUGUUAUUGUUUUAAAAAAGAGACAGAUGACACAAACAUCGUAUUUGGAUAAAAUGUUAUUAUGUUGGAGCAUAUGUGGCUACUAUAUUCCCAUUCAGGCAUUGUCAGAAUUAGUGGAUGUUCCAGUGUUUUAAUGCACAUGGUCUACAAUGUGGUUCGCCCAGUGAUUUGUUAAAUAUUGACAUUCCAUCUGUUUAAUGUAGGUAUUGUAUCGUAGGGAAGGCUUAGUGGCUGUGGAGGUGGGGAGUCCAUGAAGAAAAAUUUGACCCAUUGUACAUGGACUGUCUCUUGGACCUCCCAAGAAUCCAAGUGGCUGAAGUACAUUGGGCGUAUACAUGAUCUGAUCUUUGACAUUUUCACCAUGACCCACGUCUACACUGUUAUUACCCUCCCCUAUACCGGUGGGUCCCCACCCACCUCAAAUGGCUAGUCUCUACUACCCUGUAUCUGUACUGCAGCAGGGGUGCUGGCCCAUGUGAACCACUUAUGUGAUAGCAACUCAUCUUAGUAUUCAUUGACCAAUCGGAACUGUCUAGGCUGCACAAACAUGGUGAUGUGUUUCAGGGACAGUUCACUUCUGAAAUUGUUUCAUGUGCUAAAAUUGCCCGACUGGUCAAUCCCGAGUCUUCCAUGAAGGUGCAUCUGUGUGUCCUGUGGCCUCAGCACAUGGGAUGCAGUGUCUGUGAUACGGUUAAACAACAGGAUGCAUCAUUACAUGUUUCAGUUACAUGUUCACAGUUGAUUUGUUGCUUUGGUCACGUUUUCAAUACAAACCUAAUGUUUGGUACCUAAAUGUUAAAAAUUUUAAAACUUGAAAUUUACUGAAAUAGCUAUGGUUGUGGUUUUGGCACAAUUUUUGCACACAAUUGGAGUUAGUUCAGGAAUGUGUUUUCACAAAGUUGGUCAAAGGAAGCUUAAAGCUUUGUCAGUCACUAUGUAUGAAGUUAAAUUUGUAUUGUUUUAAUUUGAGUAUGUACUGAUUGGACUACAGAGUUGAAGACUAGGACAGCCAUUUUCCAAAAGCGACAAACAUUCCUUUCAUUACAGAAAUACACAGGACUUGCACCAUCUUUCAUGAUAACCUAACUUGUAAAUGUCAGGUCAGUGGUUUAAUGUCAGAAUGGUUUAACAUGCUCUUUCUACAAGAAAUUUCUUGUUGAAACAAUCUUACUUUAGGUAAAGGCAGGGGACAAUUAUUGUUUCAAUUCUUGAAUAUGUGUUGUUUUGUCUUGACUACAAGUAAUAGGCAAGUUCAAGUAACUCUAAUAGUUCUUCAGUAAA